AUGACGAAAGAUGAGAAGAAACUCGAAAAGAACGAGGAAGAGAACAAGGAGAAGAAAGUUUCAAUUGCACAGUUGUUUCGCUACGCCACCUAUAAAGAAUUGGUUCUACUCUUUAUUGGAAUCGGAGUUUCGUUAGUGACAGGUGCUGGCCUGCCCUUGAUGUCUAUACUUCAAGGACGUGUGACACAAGCUUUUGUAAAUGAACAAAUGUACAGGACGAAUACUACUCCAGGGCCAAGUUUCCACUACAACGACACUGACUUCAAUCACGAUAUCAUGAAUGCCGUGUACGGCUACACGGGGAUGGCUCUUGGAAUGUUCUUAGCUGCUAAUAUUCAGGUUUCAUGUUUCUUGAUAGUUUGCGAGCAAAUGAGCAAUCGAAUUCGUCGGAAGUUCGUUCAAGCGAUUCUUCGACAGGACAUCCCAUGGUUUGAUAAAAACAACAGUGGCACGUUAGCUACUAAACUGUUCGACAAUCUCGAACGAGUGAAAGAAGGAACUGGCGACAAGAUCGGACUUAUGUUCCAGUACACCAGUCAAUUCCUAACUGGUUUCGUCAUUGCUUUCACACACAGCUGGAAGCUAACACUGGUAAUGCUGGCUGUUACACCACUCCAAGCGCUGUGUGGUUUCGGUAUCGCUAAAUCAAUGUCCACAUUCACUAUCGCGGAAACAAUAAAGUACGCAAAAGCUGGGAAAAUCGUGGAACAAGCGAUCUCUUCAAUUCGUACGGUAUGCGCAUUGAACGGAUUGCACUUUGAGAUUGGAAGGUAUAAGACGGCUCUUCUUGAAGCUCGUCGUGCUGGUAUUCUGAAGAAUCUUUUCGUCGGCAUAUCUUUUUGCCUCAUGGGCCUAGUGAACUUUUCAUCUUUUGCUUUGGCUUUUUACGUUGGAAUAACAUGGGCAGUGGAUGGUGAGCUCAAACUACAGGACCUCAUGACUACGUUCUUUUCGGUGAUGAUGGGCUCACUCGCCUUGGGACAGGCUGGGCCUCAAUUCGCAGUUCUGGGAGUUGCUCAAGGAGCCGCAGCCAGCAUUUACGAAGUGCUUGACCGGGAACCGGAAAUAGAUUCAUCAAGCAAGUCAGGCCGCCGCGAUCUUAAAAUCAAAGGCAACAUCGAAGUCAAGGACGUUGUGUUUAACUAUCCAUCCCGACCAGAUGUUCCAGUUCUGAAGAAACUGUCACUUAGUGUAAAGGCUGGUGAGACAAUUGCACUAGUCGGAUCGAGUGGUUGUGGAAAAAGUACGAUCGUCAGCUUACUUCUGCGAUACUAUGAUGUUAUAGGAGGAGAGAUAAUCAUAGACGGCGUUCCAAUUUCACAGAUAAAUAUCGAAUACCUCAGGAAUCAGAUUGCAGUUGUGUCACAAGAACCAAUUCUCUUCAACUGUUCCAUCGAGGAAAACAUACGGUACGGGAAAUUCGAUCUUACUCACCAGGAACUUGCAGCUGCUUGCAGAAUGGCAAAUGUGGAACAGUUCAUUAACACGCUUCCGCAAGGCUACCAAACAAUCGUCGGCGAUCGAGGUACGCAGUUGUCAGGAGGACAGAAGCAACGAGUCGCUAUAGCAAGAGCGCUGGUGCGAGAUCCUAAAAUUCUGCUUUUGGAUGAGGCUACCAGUGCACUUGAUGCUGAGAGUGAAUCAGUGGUACAGAGGGCUCUUGACAAGGCAUCGGUUGGUCGUACAACGAUUAUAAUUGCACAUCGACUGUCGACAAUAAAGAAUGCUCACAAGAUUAUUGCUAUGAAGGCAGGUGAGGUUGUGGAAUUCGGUACACACUAUGAGCUUUUAGCAAACAAAGGCCUCUACUACGAUCUCGUCAACGCACAAAGGUUUACCGAUGCUGUCGACGAUGUCGACGCGCAUGUUGAAGUUGAAGACCAUGUUGCUAAUAUGCGACGAGCAAGUCUUGUUUCAAGGGAACUAUCAGUUCAAGCAGUGAACGAUAUGCAGAUAAAAAUGAGAGCCGCCACAAUAAUGACGAUGGAUGGGCAGGAACAGGACGAAACAAAGGAGAAGAAAGAUGAUAUUACUCGGCUCAAAAAAGAAAUGAAAGAUGAAGGUGUGAAAAAGACGAAUCUGCUCCAAAUUUUUACCUACGCAAAGCCUCAUUGGAUGCCCCUCGUUGUCGGACUUACAGCAUGCACUAUUGGAGGAUUAGUUUAUCCUACCUAUUCUGUGAUAUUCAUGCAAGUGAUCUCGUCCUUCUCGAACACUUCGACACUGCUAUCCACCGGUCACUUCUGGGCUCUCAUGUUUCUGGUGUUGGCUUUUGUCCAGGGGACAACAAUGUUUUCACAGACAUUUUUCAUGGGACUUGGAGCGGAAAACCUCACCAUGGACUUGCGAUCGAAGCUAUUUUCAAAUAUACUGUCGCAGGACAUGGGGUAUUUUGAUUCGCCGUUGCAUGCAUGUGGUAAAAUUUGCACUCGCCUUGCUAGCGAUGUUCCAAACCUCAGAUCGGCUAUUGACUUCCGUCUGAGUACAGUAGUUUCCACACUGAUCGCUAUUGUUGCCGGAAUUGUCCUUGCAUUUAUAUAUGGAUGGCAAAUGGCUUUCUUAGUGGUAGGAAUCCUACCAUUGUUGGCCCAUGAGCAGACCCCUUCACCUAAGGAGAGUCCGGCUCCUCCCUACCGCACCUAUGGUUUUGGACAAUCGCUUCGAGUCCGAGUUUACAGUGGAAAGCAUCGAAAGAACGCAAAGGAUUUUGAAGACUCAGGAAAGGUUGCUAUGGAAGCUAUAGAACAUGUACGAACUGUGCAAGCCCUCACUAAAGAAGAGGCGUUCCAUGAGAAAUUUUGUCAUCACUUGGAUAAACCUCACAGGGAUGCAUUGAAAGAGUCCUUCAUUCAGGGAGUCGCCUAUGGUUUCGCCUCUGCUGUGGUCUAUGUUCUAAAUUGUUGCUCAUAUCGUCUUGGUCUUUAUUUAGUUCUACAUAGCAUCAUGCUUCCCAUGAAAGUACUUCGUGUAAUGUAUGCAAUCACUAUUUCAUCAACGACUCUUGGAUUUGCUUCUUCGUAUUUUCCCGAGUACAUGAAAGCAACAUUUGCCGGUGGUAUUAUUUUCAAUAUGUUGGAUCAGAAGCCAAAAAUUGAUAAUUUGUCAAAUGAAGGGAAGAGAGAGAAGCUCAGUGGAGCUGUGACAUUUAAGAAUGUACGAUUUUCUUAUCCAGAACGCCCUCAACUGGAAAUUUUGAAGGGGCUUUCCUUCACUGCGAGACCUGGAGAAACCUUGGCACUUGUCGGUCCUUCUGGAUGUGGUAAAAGUACUGUCGUGUCUCUUAUAGAGAGGUUUUACGAUAUCAAGUCUGGAGAAGUACUAUUGGAUUCCCAUGACAUUCGAACCUUGAAUCCUUGUCAUACUCGCUCCCAAAUCGCUAUAGUGUCACAAGAACCAAUUCUUUUCGACUGCUCAAUCGCAGACAACAUUGCGUAUGGACUGGAGCAAAGACCAUCACAGCCGGAAAUUGAAGAAGCAGCCAAAAAGGCUAAUAUUCACACCUUCAUCAGUCAGUUACCUGAUGGCUAUAACACCCCAGUAGGAGAUAAAGGUACACAGUUGUCAGGCGGACAAAAACAAAGAAUUGCUAUUGCCAGAGCGCUGGUACGAAGUCCAAAGAUUCUUCUUCUGGAUGAAGCGACGAGUGCAUUAGAUACCGAGAGUGAGAAGAUUGUACAAGAAGCCCUGGACCGAGCACGUGAAGGCCGCACAUGUAUCGUAAUAGCACAUCGGUUGAGCACAGUCGUUAAUGCUGACCAGAUUGCUGUCGUAAAAGGAGGAGUCAUCGUUGAGCAAGGAUCUCACAACGAGCUAAUGGCCAAACGAGGCUCGUACUUUGAACUGACACAGAAACAAUUGGUGAAGGCUUCGAGCGACUAA